AGUGUGAUCCUCUGAAUGAGCUAAUCAUACAGUAUUCCAGUAGCCACACCAUGAUUGGAUAGAUUUUGAUGCCGUAAGAGCCUUGUUAUGAUCCUCCUCCCCCCUCCCCCACCCCACUUAAAAAUUGCGCCAGGGCUAGUAUACAAAAAAAGUUUGCAUUAACAGUUUGCAUCAACAGCUUACAUCAACAGUUUACAUCAACAGUUUGCAUCAACAGUUUACACCAUCAGUUUACACCAUCAGUGUACUCUCCAAUGAACCACACGAUUGCUCGUACAGUAAAGUACGCUCUAACAUGUCCUGGUCAAGGUAUAUCUGCCAAUGGUCUAUUACAAGCAUAUAAACCGUUCCAGCCAGAAUUUCAAAAAUACCUUGAAGAAAUCGAUGCAACCCUAAACUGUAAUUUCUCAAAACAUUUAUUUGCAGACGAAGACACUGCAAGAGCACAACAAUGGUUUGGUAAAACCUCUAAUGCCCAACCUGCAAUCUUGUCAGCCACAUAUAUACUCACUCAACUUUUAAAAUCACGCGGGGUGGAUGUUGUUGGCAGCGCCCAGUAUUUGAUGGGACAUUCACUUGGCGAAUAUACUGCGUUAUGCCUUUCUGGAAUUGUUGAUUUUGGCACUGCAGUCAAGAUUGUAAGACGAAGAGGUGAGUUGAUGGAGGAGAUUGCGGAAAAUAGUGGUGUAAAAUAUGGUAUGAGUGCGUUAUUGAUUAGCCCUGCAAAUUACGAACAAGUGAGUGAACUAGCUCGUGAAUCGGGGGUAUUAGCAAAUAUCAAUUCUCCACACCAAUUAGUAAUUGCUGGAGAAGAGAAACACAUUGGAGAAUUUAUAGAAAAGUGCGGGAGAAAGUUGGUUAGACGAAGUGUAAAAUUACCGGUGUCUAUUCCAUUUCAUACUCUGAUCUUAAAGCCUAUGUCACAAGAAUUGGCCGAUAUGUUUGGGAACAUAAACCCACAAGAAAAGCCGAUAGUGUCCAACUUUACCGGUGAGGUUUCUACUGAUGCUGCCACAACAGUAGAUAACACGGUUAAAGCCAACUAUCAACCAGUUCAAUGGUUAAAGUCCAUGCUGUUACUCCAGAAGGAAAACGUGACCCAUGUAGUUAACCUUGGUCCAGGGACGGCACUUCACGGUAUUAAUCAAAAGUAUGACAACAUUGUAUCUGUCAGUGUUGAUAGUUUCGAUAACUUAGACGAGUUAAACGAACUUGUAUAAACAACAAUUGCAUUGUUUGUACUUGGCUCCGUAAGGAAGUCACUAAACUCCAGCCAGAGUCACAAUUGUAAGU